AUGUAGCCUUUUUUAAUUUAAGACACACACAUACAUACUUACAAUUUUUAAUUUAAGCUGGUUUAUUUUGCCUAAAUCAAAUUAUUUAUUUUUCAUUUUUGUUACAAUAAAUAUCAAAUAGCGACCAGGUAAAUAAUUUAAAUUACGUUGAAAUGUUUCUUAAAUAAUUUAAUCAGUAUAACUAACUAAUGUAGAUUGAGGAAUAUUUUAUUUUAAACUAUUUUAAAAUAUAUGCCUGCAAGGAACUUAAAACAAUAAAUUAAAACCACGCAUGCAGAUUUAAAUUUAGGAGCUACCCUCAAAUCAAAAUUUGCCUUUAAGUAAUUUAUAAUAUAUAAAGUUCUUUAUAUUAUUACAUCUCGCUACAUAUAAUUGGAUACAUUCUCAAUUUAUUUCCCACCUAAUCUAUUGAAUUAUGCUAAUAUUAUUAUCUUUUUUAUUUCCUUACUUUUUCUAAUCGUGAUAUCAAUUCUUCUAUUUAUAUUCUUUUUUACACCAUUCGAUAAUCUAGUCACUCAUUAUUCAUUCACCUAUCUGCCAAAUUACCUUCAUUCAUUGGUACAUACAUACUUGUAUGAUUUAUUUCAAAUCUAUUUAGCUUAAAUUUAGCUUAAUACCUAUUUAUAUAAAUACUUUACUAUUUUAUUUUUGCCAUUAACUCCAAAUGUUUAAUUUCUAACUUUAAAAUGCAUGUUACUUUUAUUUGAUUAUUUAAAUAAUUAAAUUAUUUAAUUACUUACAAAAAACACCAAUCAUUAUAUUUGA